GCAGUUUACCAGUGUAGGCAAUGAACCUAUCUCCAGCAGUAGUAACUGAAUGACAGAAGAAGUUGUAAAAGCAUCAGCUGCAGCAGACCAGAGUCGCUCUGAGGGUGACCUCAGUUCACCCGCUCUCAAAGUCUCCCAGGUCUGAGUGUUACUCCUGAGAGGGAAGAAGAACGUUUCAGAAAAAGGACGAAGGGGAUGAGUAGAUACCGCAUCUGAUCAAGUGGAACGAGGGACUGGAAGACUUGGGAGCAUGGAUGAAAGACACAGAGCUGUUGUUGUGGUGAUUCUGUUCCUCGCCCUUGUAGUCCUCUUAGGUUUGCCAGCAUACGGGCAGAUUCUGCUGGAUGUGUGUGCUUCCUGCCACGCUAAUGCCACAUGUGAGGACAAACUAGACGGCUCUGGCAAGGUUUGUAACUGCAAGUACGGCUUUGUUGGAAAUGGAAGAACUUUCUGCCAAGAUAAGGAUGAGUGUCAGAUUGGAGCCAGUAAGAUUUGUGGGCAGCACACCACCUGUCACAACACGUUUGGCAGCUAUUUCUGCACCUGCUUGGCUGGGUACAGCCCCUCCAACAACAUGAACAUCUUCAUCCCAAAUGAUGGGACCCACUGCCAGGACAUCGAUGAGUGCAGGAUCACAGGGAUCUGCAGAGAGGGCGGUCAGUGCAGGAAUCUGGAAGGCAGUUUUGACUGUAGCUGCCAAAAAGGCUACCGAGUCCGCAAUGGACAUGAGCCUUUCAAUCCACAGAGAGGCAAUGCCUCCUGCCAAGUGGUUGACUGUGGCUGGCCGAGCGCAGUGGAGGACACGGUGCUGGUGUCCACCACAGGGACCACGUAUGACAGUAUGGCCACGUUUGCCUGUGAUGAAGGGUAUGUGUGGAAAAGUGGAGGCAACAAAUCGGUUUGUGCAGCUGAUGGACUGUGGAAAGGCCCCUCUUUGGUCUGUGAAGAGAUCAUGUGUGGAAAUCCUCCUUUAAUUGAAUCAGCUGAUCGAGUAUGGAACAAUAACUCAGCUCCCGGCAGCACUGUGCUCUAUUACUGUAAAGAAGGCUUUUAUAACAUGGGAGGAAUGAACCUUUCUGUCUGUAAUGAAAACGGUUUUUGGACACCUGCAACUCUGUCAUGCCGAGAGGUUUUGUGUGGAGAACCUCCUUUUCUGCCUCACACUGGGCUGCUGUGGAACGGCAGCUCCACCCUUGGGAGCACAGUAACGUACAUUUGCCAUGUAGGGUUUUAUCACAGUGAGGGAGUCAGUGUGUCAGUGUGUACAGAUAAUGGUUAUUGGACAAAGCCUGACAUUUUGUGCAAAGAGGUUGACUGUGGUGAGCCCCCACCCAUCCCUCACUCAGUCAUGCUGUGGGAUAAAUCUUCCUCUGUGGGCUCCCGAGUUUCCUAUAAGUGUGACCAAGGAUAUGUCAGUAUUGGGGACAGAAAUGAGUCCGUUUGUACUGUGAGUGGAGACUGGAGAGGCGCCUCUCUAACCUGUCAAGAAAUCCGUUGUCAGAAGCCCGUUUCUAAAGUGCACUCUAAAAUGCUAUGGGAUGGCAAAUCACACGCUGGCAGUGUGAUCUAUUACAGCUGUGAGGACGGAUUUUACACCAGAGGCUUGAGGAAUUACUCAGUCUGUGGAGAAAAUGGACAGUGGGAGGAUGUUGAUCUGUGGUGUGAAGAAAUAAGCUGCGGCCCCCCACUAAUUCUCUCCAACACUAAGCUGCUGUGGGAUGGUAGGAGCUCACCGGGCAGCGUUGUGCUGUAUGAGUGUGUGGAUGGAUUUUAUCAGGAAAGUGGAAAUCACAUUUCAACAUGUUCAGUAACAGGAGAGUGGGGGGAAGUGACAAUAAAAUGCAAAGCUCUAUGUGGCCCGGUCCCCUUUCUUAACAACUCCGAGGUGGUGUGGCAUAACAGAAGCGUUGUGAUCCAUCGCUGCACAGCCGGAUUUCACAGCUGGAGGGGAAGCAACAUGUCUGUGUGUGACAGCUCAGGAGUGUGGCAGAGAGCGACUCUCAAAUGUAUAGAAAUAAAGCCUCCUAUCAAUGACCUGUUAAUCUAUAAUGGAGAUUGUCUGCAGUGGAAGGCUGAAAAGUACGAAAAGGACUCUGAGCUUUACAAGGUGAUUUACACUGGAUCCAGGGACUACCAGAGGUCCUUCCAUGACAGAGGAAAACGCUACAUAAACUCCAAAGCAGAUCAGCUGGAGCUUUGCCUAAACCUCUAUCCAGUCACAAACUAUAGCAUCUCAGUCACAGCAAUGCUGGCUAAAUUCACAGCAACCAUCACCACCAACACUAGUUUACCAGUGCCUCCAGCACCAAUUGUCUACUAUGAAGAAUUUGAGACUCGAGUGCCAAUUUUGAGGCUACAGAGAUGGCCGAACAGCCUGGAUCUUAUAAGUUUGUACCAAGUCUUUGUCCUUCCUGUAGAGGGGAUUAUGAUGUUUGAUUGUUCCGCUCCUGCAAGUUUGAAUUCCUCAAGCACCUCCCUGUCAGAGUACAUCACCGCACAGCUCGACAUUCAAAAUGUUGGGACACGAAUCAAUUUUACUCUCGGAGAUGGAUUCUUCUAUGGGGGCUUCUAUAACUCGCCACUGGAAAGUGGCAGGGACUACUACAUAAUCUUACGAGUUGUCAGUCAGUGGAAAACAGCCUCAAAAAGCUGCUGUGCCCUGUGGGCCAAAGUAACAGGUGCAUCCCAUGUUCUGAGGGUUUCAUCCCUGUCUGCCGCUGCGUUCGUGGGAGGAAUUACCUUGGUCAUAGUCGGGGGAUACAGUGUCACCUGGUAUGCAAGACAUGUGAUUUGGUUGACUCAAACAUCAAACAAAAAGGGUGAAAUCCAGUAAUCCUACAUUAAUGCGCUGUACUGGAUGAGCUGUUUGACAUGUUUUUGUGGCUUUUUUUAUGAUGGAGGACAGAUAUAAAGAACAUAAAGACCAAAACUGUAAUUUUUAAUA